CCGUCGUUCAUUAAAGUUAGGAGGUUUCAAAAAAAAAAAAAAAAUGAAGAGCUGGUUUGGACUGAAGUCUUUAUACGCAGCACCGUCUAGUGACGGGCCGCAUUCUUCACAAGGCAAGCGGAGACCAGGAAGCACGAUGAACCAAAGCAGACCCACGCUCGUCUACCUGGUCACCGGGGGCUGCGGCUUCCUGGGCCGACACCUGCUCAGGGUCCUGCUGGCCAAAGAGGACCAGCUUUCCGAGGUUCGGGUGUUCGACAAGCACACGGACGACAGCCUGAGCGGACUCGGAACCGAGCGCACAACCGUGACGGUCAUUCAGGGCGACAUCACCGACUACAGCAGCGUGCUGGAGGCCAGCCGCGGCGCCAACGUCGUCAUCCACGCCGCCGGCCUGGUGGACGUCUGGCACAAAGUCCCGGAGGACGUCAUCUACUCCGUCAAUGUGAAAGGAACGCAGAACGUGAUCAACGCCUGCGUGGAGAACAGCAUCUGCAGCCUGGUCUACACCAGCAGCAUGGAGGUGAUCGGGCCCAACAUGAAGCGGGAGCCGUUUGUCAGGGGCAACGAAGACACACCUUAUGAGGUGAAACACACCAUGGCCUACCCCAAGAGCAAGGCCAAGGCCGAGAAGCUCGUCCUGGACGCAAAUGGAAUCAAGGUCAGCAACGGCAAGCGCUUAUACACGUGCUCGCUGAGGCCGACGGGCAUCUACGGCGAGGGCCACGAGCUGAUCCGAGACUUCUACAACAUGGCGGUCAAGAGGGGCGGCGUCAUUAUCAGCGGCAUCCCGCCAACCAUCGAACACGGGCGAGUCUACGUCGGCAACGUGGCGUGGAUGCACGUCCUCGCCGCCCGCGCCCUGAUGGAGCGCCCGGGCACGGUCGGAGGAGAGGCCUUCUUCUGUUACGACGACUCUCCUUACAAGAGCUACGAGGACUUCAACAUGCUCUUCCUGUCCACCUUUAACUUCCGCUGGAUCCGCAUCCCCAUGAUGCUGCUGUGGAUCAUGGCCGUGCUCAACGACAUCCUGCGCUGGCUGCUGAGGCCCGUUUGCAACUUCACGCCGCUCUUGAACAGCUACACCCUGAGCGUGGCCAGCACCUCCUUCACCGUGAGCACGGACAAAGCGCAGCGCCUCUUCAAGUACCGCCCGCUCUACAACUGGGACCAGUGUCGGGAGCGCACGCAGAAAUGGGUGGACACGUUCCCCGCCGAGGACACAAAAGCCUGAUGGGCUCCACGCUGCCCUGAUGCUGCUGCUACUACGUAUAUGCCAUUAUUAUUUAUAUCUGCGUAGACGUAACACUCAAAACAUAGCUGCUAGGUGCUUCUACUCCAAACCAGCAAGGGGCAGUAAAAUUCCUAAUGUUUCAUCAACUUUCUUCAGGGAUUCCAGGGAUAAAGGAGAGACAUUCCACAGGAAGAAAAUUGUGUGCCUCAAAAACAACCACCAGCAGAUGAUUCCAGAAGCUUGAAACCAGCACAGUGUCAUUAAGCGUCGAUGAGGUGAACUUUGGUGUGAACGUCAGCAGCACAAACAGCAGAACUGUUGAUGUCUCUGGUCUCCAUGGAGAGAGAUGCAGCAGCCAUGACUCACUGGCACCCCCAGAGGGACACGGCGGUAUUACAAAAAGGGAGCUUAAUGAUCGUUAUCAUUAAGUGACCAGAAUAAAGGUCCGUUAUAUUCA